AUGAACAAAAGCCUCGAUGAACUUAGGAGCGAUCUUCUUCGUAUCUCUCCCGCACAUCCUUCGUCAAAACCACCACAAUGGCUGUCGAGGCUUCUGGAAAGGGUGCCAGGUCUGCCGACAGAUGUUUUGCCACACCGCCGCUCGGCUCAUGCUGAUCUUCAAGGUGCCAUAGCUGCAGCCUCGUUUCACCCGGCAAUCGAGGCUUGCCUUCACUUGAUCAAUUUUUGGUUUGUACCCGCUGCCAACGGAGGAGCAGGCGAGAGGAAGUCGGCAAAGGCUCUCAACCUGCAGUGCUUACUCGAACUUCCUCGAGACCUGCAGCUUACAGCGCAUGGGCUUACGGAUCUUGUUUUUCUCACCACACUCGCUGGAGAGGCUGCUUCUGCGAAGGUAGGCGGUCAGACUCAUGUCAACCGCAAGAUGGAAAAGUACUAUCGCGAAACCACGCUAACUGAAGUCAAGAUAAAUAACUCGCAGUCAGCGUUCAGCCUCGACGAGCUUCAAGAACUCUUCAGGAAAUUCUCACCAGCCGCUGUUCAAGGCCGUGUGCAGUUCGAGUUGGUCUGGUUGCUGAAAUGCAUGGUGGAAGACUUUGGAUGGCACGAGUAUAGCAUGGUGGACACAGUCAAUGCCUUCCAGGUCGAGUCAACUUCGGCGCGUGAGAGGGUCGACGACGGUCGGAAGAGCAAGGCGUCGAACAUGGUGUUCAAUCCUAGCCAGGGUCAAAGAAAGUUUUGA